AUGGACGAGACGACAACAUAUCCAGCUACGGCUCUACAUUUCGCAACUCCCAUUGAUUACUUGUCAUCUCCUUAUGCACAUGGCUUUUCUUUCACCGAUGGUUUCUUGCUUUCACCUGCGCCAGGUAAUCUUGAUGGUGGGUGUUUCGAGCUGGAUCUGGAGACCCUCCAAGCUUUGAUGCAACCGGUUCCGAAUGAGAUGCAAGGAUCGGUCGAGACAGACACGAGCGGACUAACGCAUGCUAGCCCGGCGUCAUCGAGAUUCGAAUUCUUCAAGCGGUCGCCAUGGCUGUGGACACCAGUGCAUGUUGACAAUGCAUACGCCGGCCAGGAGAGCCUCCGUGUCAAUGAGAAGGCUGUUGACUCCAUGUUUCGGAGAACCCAACAGUAUUCUAUCAGGGGGAAGUUUACUUCGACCGCGUUUCCCUCGGAGUCGUAUCUAGACCGCAUGGUUCAGAUUUAUUUUGGGUGGCAAAGCUUGGAACCUUCUAGUUGGAUUCACGGUCCAUCAUUCUCAGUAACAGACUGUCAUACCGAGCUUCUCGCCACUGUCAUUGGCGCCGGUGCUUCAUCAAUAUCAAUCGACAGUGUUUGCAGAAUGGGAUAUGCCCUUCUGGAGCGAUCACGUCUAUCCCUCUCGGCAUCAAUUGAGAAAGACAAUAGUCGCGUUCGAGAUCUGCAAACUAUUCAGACAUACCUGCUUUGGACUUCGGUUAGCCUGUGGAGUGGAUUCAAACGCAACAUGGAAGUUGCUGAAACUUUCUUAUCGGCUCCUGUGACGAUGCUUCGUCGAUACGGAUGCUUCUCACGAACGAUAUAUGUGAAAUCAAUAUAUCCUCUUCCAGAAGAUGAUGCCUUUACUACAGAGGCGAAGUGGAAUGCAUGGGUGAAGCAGGAGUCACUGAAAAGAACAGCCAUAUUUGCCGUGCUCACCGAUCUUCGUUGCUCGAUGGCGUACCUCAAGCCGCCUAAUUGCUCUGUAACUGAACUUUCAUGUCCACUGCCCCUUGCGCGGGAGAUAUGGCUAGCACCGACGGCAGCUGCUUGGAAAGACGCGUUACUUUCCUGUGCGAUAUCAUUUGAUGAAGACCCUUCCUGGUUAGCGAUUGCACAAAAUCCAUCCAUGCUUGACAACUUGCCAUCUCACUAUGAUAAACCUCUCAUUGCCUUGGUAGCAAUGCAUGGCUUUUGGUCUCAAGUCUGGGCAUACCAAGAAGGACAACGAUUCUUUCGGGCCAGCGGGCAACUAUCCGUCCAAGCUACAACAAUACUUUGGCUGUCCUGCCAGCAUGAAGAUCUCAUGAAACGCAUUGGAAAUUCCCAACAAGCGCUCUCAAAUCAAGGACCCGAUGCCUUCCAUAUUCAAAUAGUUGCAGAGUUCUGCUUGAUGGCACUCAAUGUGUCCCCUCGAGAACUACAACAGUUUGCAGGAAGACUCGGGGAAGAAGAGGCUGCCACUACUCAUCACCUUUUACGCGACUGGAUGGCAGGACCUGAAUUUAAAACAGCCGUGUGGCAUGCGGGCCAGAUUUUACGCAUUGCAAGAUCGGCUCCCACAGCUCAAUUACGGGAAUAUUCGGCCGUCGCUGUCUACCAAGCGAGCUUGACUUUAUGGGCGUACGGCCUAUUUUCCAUAAGCAUGAGCAGAAUGAUAUCUUCAGAUAUGUUCCAAACAAUGACAUAUGGAAACGAGGAUUGCCUGGUCUUAUUAGAUGGCCCUAAUACCCCCGAUACGACUGGCUUUGUAAUGUUUGGAAAAGGAAAACCGGGAAUAUCGGUUGGGUCAGAGAAAUUAUUCUGUCCGUUGACCGACAUCCGAGCCAUCAUGGCAGCGGCAUGCAAUGUCUAUCGAGACAAUUUUAAUCCCGAGACGGAGACCUUCCCUCCUUUGCUGGAAAGCAUGAUGAACUUGAUGACUGAUUUGGGGAAUAUUGACACGGCUUCUUUCUGA